CACAUAAUUAAUACCUACACAUGAUACACAUGACAUGUUUAUGACAUAUGGCUUAGUUAAUUUUGCUAUCAUGAUCUAAAUAUAUUUUAUUAUUUAUUGCUGAAAUAAGAAAUCUAGGUUUAAUCAUGUGUGGAAUCAUCUGUGAAGUGUGUUAUUCAGGCAAAAGGAUAGUCCAUAAUGAUGUAAAAUUAUUAGAAAGAAUCAAAAAUAGAGGACCAGACUGGAUAAACUCCACUGAAUUCAAGUUAGGUGAUGGAAUAACCAUAUAUUUUUAUGGAUCUGUUUUAUGGAUGCAAGGACAUGAGCCAACAAAGCAACCUGUUGAAACAGAGUUAGGGAUACUUUUGUAUAAUGGUGAUGUUUUUGAUGAAAGCUGGGUUAGUCAAGAAAGUGACACUAAGCUUAUUAUGGAUAAACUCUAUAAUGCAACAAACAUAUCUUCAGAACAAAUACUUAAGGAAAUUAAAUCAAUUAAAGGACCUUUCAGUCUGAUCUAUUACAAUAAGUUGACUCAAGAUCUGUUUUUUGCCAGAGAUAAACUGGGAAGAAACAGCAUGCUACUUCAUAAAAACAAUGGUUCUUUAAUAAUAAGCAGUGUUUUGGGUAGAAAUUAUGAAUGCAUAGAAGUUCCUGCUUCACAUAUCUGUAUAUUAAAUAUAAAUAAUAAUAUUAUGAAGUUAGUUUCAUGGAAUUGUGGAUUAAGUUAUGAAAAGACUUGUGAUGACUGGAUUUUAUCAGUAAAAGAACAACAGAAUUUACCAGAUGAUGAAUUUGUUAUCUCAUUUGAUGAGAUAUUAGAACUGAAUGAUGAGGAAAACCUAGUGAAAUACAUUGAAAAUGUUGUUGAAAAUGCUACUGGGAAAUUAAAUAUUAUGAAGAGACUAAUUAAUCAUCAAACAAUUAAUGAAACAGUAUCAAAAAUAAUAGAUCUACUUCAAAAAAGUGUUGAGAUACGAUUGAGACAACAGCCUAAUAAAUGCAAGCAAUGUUUGCAUGAUAAUAAUUUAAUUUGUAGUCAUUGUGCUGUAGGUAUUUUAUUUUCAGGGGGGUUAGAUUGCUCUAUACUAGCUUUAAUGGCUGAUAAAUAUCUGCCAGAAGAUCAAGAAAUUGACCUUAUUAAUGUAGCAUUUAAAAAAGAAAAUAGCUCCUCCUAUGAAGUACCAGACCGUCAGACAGGCAAGCAAUCUUUACAAGAAUUACAAAAAUUAUGUCCUUCACGAAAAUGGGUAUUUAAAGAAGUAAACAUAUCUAGAGAAGAACUUGAAAAAAUGCAAAAAUCUGUUAUAGCAGAUUUAGUUUAUCCUAGACUAACCAUUUUAGAUGAAAGUCUAGGGUCUGCAUUAUGGUUUGCUGCAAAAGGUGAAGAUGAAAAGGGAAGGUCCCUGAGUAGGGUACUGCUUUUAGGAUCUGGAGCAGAUGAAUUAUUUGGAGGAUACAUUAGACAUAGAAAUGCGUAUAAAAGAAAAGGCUGGUCUGGAUUAAGUAAAGAAUUAUUAUUAGACUGGUCAAGAAUAUCGUUAAGAAAUUUGGCUCGUGAUAACAGAGUGAUUUGUGAUCACGGUAGACAACCUAGGAUGCCCUAUUUAGAUGAAGAAUUCUCAAAGUUUGUUCUAGGUUUAAAACCGUGGUUAAGAUGUUUUCCUGCUGAAAAUUUAGAAAAUGGGAUUGGUGACAAGCUUAUCUUAAGACUAGUUGCUUACAAGUUGGGAUUGAUAGAAGCUGCUAUUCUACCGAAACGUGCUCUACAAUUUGGAUCUCGAAUCGCAAAUAAAAAGGAGAAAGGAAGUGACUUUUCAAAAACUUUCUUCAAUAAACCACUUCCUUAAUAAAUGGGUUGUUUCAUUGUAUGGACGCCGCUUUA